AUGGCUAAUCUUGAGCAGGGAGAUCAACAGUCUUCAACGAGAGCNAUGGAAAGAAAAACUAUAGAAAAAAACAGGAGGAUCCAUAUGAAGAAUCUCUAUUCCCAGCUUAACUCUCUUCUCCCUAACAAUAAUAAUCCCAGGGGUGAAUCAUUAUCACGUGUUGAUCAAAUAGAUGGGGCUAUCAACCACAUAAAGAACCUAGAGACAAAGGUGAAGAUAGCAGAAAAGCACAGAGAAAGUUUAAGGGAAAGGAAGAGAUCUCGUAGCGGAUGUUCUAGUUCUUCUGAAACAAGGAAAGUUGAGGUUCAUGAAAUGGGUUCCUUCCUACGAAUCACUCUGGUGUGUGACUACGAGGAUCAGUUCAUUUUAAGGGAAAUUAUUCGUAUGCUUAAUGAAGACAACAUAGAAGUCAAGAGUGUUCAUUCCUCACUCACAUCUGCGAUCUCGUCUCUACAUGUUCUCAACGCGGAGAUUCAGCAAUCCUAUAACUUAGGAACAAGCGUUUUGAUUGAGAGACUGAAAAUAUUUGUGAACGGACAUGGGUAG